AUGCUGUCUUUCUUCACCACCGCUAUUUCUUUUGCAGCCGCUCUCACUCCCGUGUUAGGAGCUCCCCACGUUGCGCUCCGCGAGGUUGAGAAGUUUGCGGGAAACGUUAAAGAGAAUAGUUACAUCGUGACCAUGACGGACAAGACGUCAAGGGACUCGCUUGUUGAGGGCCUCGGCUCGUCCGUCACUGCGUUAUACAACCGCACCUCCACAGGAUUCGCGAGUGUACUUGAUGACGAAACACUGAACAACAUCCUCGCUCACCCUGCCACUGUCGCUGAAGAUGGCGUUGUCUCCAUUAACACCGUUCAAACAGAUGCCCCUUGGGGCCUCAACCGGAUUUCUCAAGUAAGCGCCCUCAGCGCUUCUGACACAUCAGCUUUGACCUAUACCUACGCAUACAAUGCCACCGGAGAUGGUGUAGAUGUCUAUGUCGUUGAUACAGGUAUUUACACGGCACACACCACCUUCGGUGGCCGUGCGGUUUGGGGAGCGACAUUCGGUGGCUAUGCCGAUGCUGAUGGUAAUGGCCACGGUACUCAUGUCUCCGGAACUAUUGGCGGCGACCAAUACGGUGUAGCCAAGUCUGUUAACCUGAUUGCCGUCAAAGUUCUGAGCGAUGCUGGCUCUGGUUACAUCUCCGACAUUCUUUCGGGAUUUGACUGGAUCAUUAAUGCUACAGAAUCCUCUGGCAGACCCUCCAUCGUUUCAAUGUCUCUCGGUGGUGCGGCCUCUGAUACCUUCGACAGUGGGGUUCUCUCUCUCAUCAAUGCCAGCAUUCACGUCGUAGUCGCUGCCGGAAAUGGCAAUGCUUAUUUAUCUACAGACGGUGAUGACGCAUCUGGCACCAGUCCCGCCCGUGUGGCCGAAGUCAUAACUGUCGGUGCCACGACCAUUGCUGAUGCGAAAGCAACCUGGUCCAACUACGGCUCCGUUGUUGACAUCUUUGCUCCUGGAGCAUACAUCACCAGCGCCUGGAUCGGCAGCCCGACGGCCACCAACAACAUCAGCGGUACCAGCAUGGCUACUCCCCAUGUUUCCGGUAUUGUCGCGUAUCUCAUAUCUCAAAGCGGGAAUACGACCCCGGCGGCAAUGAGCCUCCUCGUCAAGUCCCUGGGUGUCUCUGGUGUCCUGACUAGUAUUCCUUCUGGUACCUCCAACUUGUUGGCCAACAACGGGGCCUGA